AUGGAUAAUCCCCAUAACAUCCUUCACUGCAACCUUCAAGGCAGUGCUCAGGGCCAAAGGGAAGUAGACAAUGCUCAGGCUCCAAUGGUUAUAGAUGAGGAGGAAGUCACUCCCACCUCAAGGAAGGUGUGUGGUAGUGGAAUACCAAGUCUUCCCCAGAGUCCUCAGAGAGCUUCCUCUCCCUCUGUGGCACUGGCCUCCAUUCCUGAAGGCCCAUCUGAGGAAGCUUCCACCAACCAAGUAGAAGACCUGGAAGACCCACUGCGUAUGUUUUACAAUGCACUGAACAUAAAGGUAUAUGACUUGGUGGACUUUCUGCUUUUCAAAUACGAAAUGAAGGCAUUCACUACCAAAGCAGAAAUGCUGGAAAGCAUUGGUAGAGAGUAUGAUCAGUACUUCUCUCUGAUUUUUAGUGAGGCCUCUGAGUGCAUGAAGCUGGUCUUUGGCAUUGACAUGAUAGAAGUGGACCCAUUUGUCCACUCCUAUAUCCUUGUCAUUGCCCUGGGGAUCACCUAUGAUGGGAUGCUGACUGAUGUUCAGGGCAUGCCCAAGACAGGUCUCCUAAUAGUUGUACUGGGUAUCAUUUUCAUGCAGGGAAACUGUGUCAGUGAAGACAUUAUCUGGGAAAUGCUAAAUAACAUAGGGUUGUAUGGUGGAAGGGAUGCUUACAUACAUCAAGACCCCAGGAAGCUCAUCUCUGAGGAGUUUGUCCAGGAAGGGUACCUGGAAUACAGGCAGGUGCCUAAUAGUGAUCCUCAUAGCUAUCAGUUCCUGUGGGGACCAAGGGCCUUUGCUGAAACCACCAAAAUGAAUGUCUUGAAGUUUUUUGCUAGCAUUACUAAGACCGAUCCCAGAGCCUUCACUGAAAAAUAUGCAGAGGCUCUGAGAGAUGAGAUAGAGAGGGCCCAAGCCUGGAUUGCCCAGGAGAUAGCUCUGUAG